UGUUGAUUGAUUCAUUGUUGUUUGAUGCUGAAUCUUGCAUUCUCAAUCACUCUGUGUUUUCAUUCUCAUUCCAUACACAAAAACAUUGAAAUUUUUUGAAGGGUCAAUAUGGGUUUUCCUGAAUUUGAUUCUCACUGAUUUGAUCAACAAACUUUUGGGUUUCUGGGUUUUGUACUCUCUCUCUCUCACUGUGCAUUUGCUUUGAGACUGAUCUUGGAAGGGAGAGGGAGAGAGAGAGAGAGUAGCAGAGGGCAUGAUUGUCUUUUCACUGUAAUGCAUUAUUCAGAGUAGACUGAUUUUCUCCCAAGUUUGAGUCCAAGCCCUAAUUUUAUUUUUCCUCUCUAAGCCUGGUCAACAAAGAAACAGUUUCUCAGCUAAUGAUAUCCAAAUGACCAUGGAUACAGUUCAGCGGCCCUAAUUACUUGUCAGCACAGGAAAGGAAUCUAUGGAGAUUGACAAUCCUAUUGAAAGUAACGGAAGCACCGCUGGAGUAAAGGAAAAUGGGCUUCGUCUUUAUCCGGUGUCUGCAACUGAUUCAGGUGAAGGUUUGCCAUAUGCUCCUGAAGAUUGGCCAAAUCCUGGUGAUGUGUGGAGUUGGAAGGUGGGGAAGAGGGUCGCACAUUCUGGCUGCUUUUUGGAUAGAUACUUGUAUCUUCCCAAGCGUCUUCAAGAGCCCAUGCGUAAGAGAGGUGGUUUUGCGAGUAAGCUUUCAGUUGAACAUUUCGUCCGGGCAUCAUUCCCUGGUGCUGAUGUUGAUGCAUUUUUUGCCUCAUUCAGUUGGAAGAUUCCUGCAAAAAAGUUACAUGUGAACAAAGAUAUUUGUUCUUCUUUGUACCUUCCCAUUAUGAGGGACAGCUUUACCUCCUUCAAUGGUUUGAUGUUCAAAAUGGUUUAGCCCUUGGUAGUAUGAGUGGUAUAAUCCAAGGACUCAGCUAUAAUGGUUUAGGCCUUUGAUGUUAUGGGGCCCAACAUGAUUGCCACGAGCAACAUUUAUUGCUUGUAAUUAUGGAAUUGAGUUUGCAAGAUCACUUUCUUGAUAUGAAUCAUUUCGCAAUGAUAGUUUGUGGGAGUGGAUGACAAUGAGUUGACCAUUAAAGCUUUGGUUAAAGAAUUUUUUUUUUCCCUUCCCUUUUUAUUCUUUUGUAUUUGUCAAUUUGGAGGAUGAUUUACUUCAAAAUUUCUAUAUUUGCAAUUAAGCAAAUAUAGGGCAGCUUGCUCUGACCAAGAAUCCACUUUUUUGCUCCAGCCAUGGAGUUAUGAGUUUUUGCUAAAUUAGGCAAUGGUAGAAAAUUCUUGCUGAUGUACUUCUUGUGUUGCAAAUUGUAUACAACCAGACCGGCAUUAUUUUUC